UACGGUGGCGGCAUGUGCUGCAUAAACAAUGAAGACCAGUCUGUCACUAGUCGCUGUUGCCAGCAGACGUGUUCGUCUUGCGAGCCGUACGUACAGUUUUGUCGGAUUUGAGUCAUAGUCGUUUUAACCAUUACAAGUGCGUGUAUUUGAUUUGAUAUUGCUUAUACUGUCUUGUGUAGAAAAUAUAAAUCCCUCAAAAAGUGUUGAAAAUAUAAUUUCACAAUUCUAAUUAUUAUUAAAAUUAAAACUACAACAAAUGGUUUAUCAUCGGCGAACAAGUGAAAUGAAUAUUUAUGGUAGAUAGGAUUAAGAUCGUGUUGGAAACCUGACAACUAUCAAUAUCAUAGCAGUGGAAAGUGCAGUGAAUUAACACAAUCCAUUCUGAGCAAACCAAAGGAAUUGGAAUAAAAGAGAUACAAAAAUAUUCAAAAUGAAUUCAAUUGUCAUUGUUUACAUACCACAUACGGUCGAAUAUACACCUGAUGUACAAUUUUCCUCUUUGGAGUAUGUUACUGUUCCAAUCAAUGAAUCCAAAAUCGAAACCAUUAGUAUGAAUGCGAUGAAAUCAAAUUCAAACAUGAACUGUGAAACAACGAUGGAAAACGCUGAAAAGCUUAAUCAACACAUCAUGAAGGACGAUCUGAUUUUGCUGGCUUCGGAGGAAAAAUCGAGCUUGAGGCGCAGCUGUGGUUUUCUGGAAGACGAAGGUCAUGCGGCUUUAGAUAGUGAUACAAAUCCACUAAACUACGUUCCAAUAAGCAAUGAAAUAAUUUUGGAAGUAUCGUCGUCAAGCUUUGAUGAAGGAAUAGGCUUGAGUAACACUGAAGAAUCAAGUGAUGAUCAAGCGAGUGCCAAAUCCAACUCGCUGACAGCCAACAACUCUGUGAAGAAUCCAGCAGCGAAAGGCUAUCAACGUAAGCAAAGUAAGGAUAAAUUAAAAAACUACAAAUGUGAAAUCUGCCAACAAGUGUUCAUGAUGAAAAAACACCUUCGGGAGCAUCAUGUAAUUGAGCAUCCGGGAGAAAACUGUAACAAAUGUGCCAUAUGUGAAAAAACGUUCAAACUACGGUCGAAUCUUCGGCAGCAUCUUCGUAUCCAUACGGGUGAACGUCCAUUUCGAUGUGACAUUUGCGGCAAGACAUUUGUACAGGGCAGCGCUCUAACUGUCCACCGGGAAUUACAUAAGGAGCAGCGUGACUAUGAGUGCUCAGUUUGCAAAAAAGCAUUUAAAUCGAAGUUUGCCUUCAAAAAACACGAAAAAGUACACAUUGGACUGCGGCCAUUCAAGUGUGAUGAGUGUGGAAAAUCAUUCACCCAAUCAUGUAACCUGAAAGCACACCAAAAAUUGCAUACAGGAAAUCACGCAUAUCAUUGCACGACCUGUUCAAAGACCUUUCGCUUCAAAUCCCACUACCAAGAUCAUCUAAUGACGCACACCAAGGAGAAAAAAUACUGCUGUGCCCAGUGCGGUCGUACGUUUGCUUACAAAAACUCCUUCCAGCGGCACACCCUAAUCCACCGGGAUGAAGCUCAACACCAGUGUAUGGGAUGCGGGAAACAGUUCAGCAAACUAAGUCACCUCACCUUCCAUUACAAAUCUCAAGGUUGUGCUCGUAAACUAGCACAAGAGGGUGAGGUAGAUAGAGCUUCAAAAAAUCUGACUUGCGACAUUUGUAACAGCGUCUUCGAACGCGACGAUACUUUACUGGCCCAUCGAAACGAGCUGCACAGCUGCGAGGAUAACGUGCACGAAAAGGGACGAUGUCGGUACAAAUGCGUUAUCUGUAGCAAAUCGUUCCAGGAAGAGAAGGAAUUGCGUACCCAUUUCAAGUUGCACGAAGCCGACGAUUGUCCUUUUCAGUGUGGGAUGUGUGGAAUCCUUAAUUUAAACAAUACCUAAAAACCGGUAAGGUUCUCGUUAAAGGGUAUGCUAAUAAAAUGAAGAAGAAUCAGGCCAAAUUUACUGUAUGAUAAGGACUUAUUCUGUGAUAUCUCAGAGUGUAUGAAAAAUAUGUGUUUGUACUGGUCGUUUCGUAUUAAACAGCGAAUAUCUACAAGAUAAGAUUAGUGUUUUAAUUACCGUCGCAAACCACAUUUUGUGACAAUCCUCACUCCGAAGCCAUCCUAAAUUAAUGGAACCAAAAAUCAUAAUGGAAAAGAUUUGUCUCUAGUACGGUCGUUGCUGCAGGGUAGCUUAUCUCAUAUGCAUAUGUUGUCUAUGAAAACGUUGGUAAAUGGUUCAUGCCGACUAUGAAAGGUGUAGGAAUAACCCUAGUGGGAGUUUCUAGUUCCUUAAUAGAGGUAGUAAUCCAUUCCAGUUUCUUAGACAGAACCUUUAGAAAGGGAUAUUAUAUACCUAACUAAUUGAAAGGCCCUGCCCAGCACUGAAACAUCUUAAACAUUUGUUCUCUGUUCAUUCAUAAUGCUCAACACGGAACUGGAAUGGAUUUAAAUGGAAACAUAAUAAAACUAUUAGUAUUAAUUUUUGCCUAGUUCAUAUGGUCCAAUUCUAUGGGUAAGUUUCGUGUUACAGUAGUCAAGGCGUAUAUCUUUUAUAGAGUUAUGGAGUCACAUGUACCGAAACUUGUAUAUGCAGGGCUGACUAUUCUACUAGCUGAGGCUUCAGCUAAGGCAGUCGUAUACACUAACUACUGCUCUUGUGACAAAUAAGGAGAAGAAUACAGACAAGACUACUUGGGUUGUUGUGGAAAACAUUUACUCACACCUUACUUUUCACUGUUAAGCUAGACAUGCCAUCUAGUUUCUGUUUUGGAUACUGGUCGAAAUUUUGAAUACGAUUCCACAAAUUUCAUAACACUCAAUUCCAAACGAAAAUUUUAUCGAAGAUAAUUUACCUAGCUCUUGCCCAUGUGACUAACUAGUAUUCUUUCCAUUCUUUAUUCUAACUUCAAUUAUACUUUAUAGCCUAAUCCUGAUUUCAUUCCCAGAGUAUUUUUCCUCAAGGUUCAAAUUUAUUUUUUUUGCUGGUUCUUAUUUCCUAGCAUUAUAUAGGUAUUACUUCAUUGUGAACCUUAAUGAGUAGCCACUUCUCUUGUUUCGUUAUCAUUUGGCUAAAGUAAAAAAAAUAGUUUGCUAUAUCAAGUAAUUGUAAACUUGGUUUGUGACUUUUAGGCUAUCCAUUGCAGGAUAGCCAGUAAUACGUAUGGUGGGCUAGGUCCAUACAAGGCUUGAUUCCAUGUCGAGCAUAUUCUAAGUGAUGUGAGUUGAUAACUGUGUCAUGAAGCCGUGCCCAUAAAAAAUGUAAAAAUGUAAAUGUAAUUGUAAUGUAAUGUGAAUGUAAAAAUAAGCAUUUUGCAAAGUAUUGAGUUAUUUGCAAUUAUUUGCAUUUAAACGGCCACAAAAAUAGUGGCUGUGUCGUAAAAUGAUUAGUAUUUCGGAUUUAAAGUACUUAUUGUACCGAGAAAUCCAUCUUAAUUAUUUUAACUACGUUCUAAUGAUUUUAAACAUUUGCUUGUGUUAUUAAAAAUACAUAAGUUUUUUUCUCCCAUUCUAAACUUUUCAAACUUUAUCUUAAAAAAUGUGAUUUUCAAAUUCACAUUCACUUUCACACUUGAAACAUUUACGCAACAUAACAUUAUUUCGCAGCUAAAUAUAUUUUUUUUCUUUUUUUUAAAGUAAAUUACGGAAUAUAAAAUGGUAUUUACUAAACAUUUCAAUGAAAACACAUUGAGUUUUUGAGAUAAUUAUACCUCUUUAACAUAUAUCUAAUAUAUAACAUAGAUGUUAUAACAUUUAACAACCCAUAGCUGCAUGAUACAAGAGGAAAACGAUUUUAACAAUAUCUUAUUUGAUUAAUUCAAAAUUAGUGGUUUUAAAUAAUUCACGAAAAGUUCGAUUAUUUCCAAAACUUUUAUAAUUUAUUUUGUUACUUUUAGGUAUAGUAGCACUAUAAAAGCUAACGCAUUUAGAUGAAUAACAAUGAAAUAUUGGCAAUUUAGCAAACCUUUACAUAGCAAAUUUUGCUUACGCCAAUCACGUACACGAGCAAAAUUAUGGCGGCACGUUUUUGACCAGUCAUUCCGGACAGUAAUGCUGCGCAAAGAACAGCAAGGACAAAAGAAAAAACAAAAUUGAAUUGCUCAAAUUACACGUUUGUUUGGUGCAAAAAGCAGCAUGAGUACUAAAUGUUGAAUUACGAAUUGCUAGCUAAGCUCUCCAUAUUGAAUUCCUCUGAAUUUAUUCUGAAAUGAAACUACUUCAUAGUCGAACAGCUGGUAAACUUUCAAAAUAGCUUUCAUAUUUUCAUUCUUUUUAGUAUCUUAAAGGAUAUUGGCUUGGGGAGUACAGUUAAUCCCUUAUAGGAUUUUCUAUCUGUAACUUAUUGAUAGUAUGAAAUUUAGACAUAUGUCUACGUUCAAUACGAGCCUUGAACCCAUGACGAACAUGUUGUUAGGUCCUGUGAGUUGAUAAAUACGGGAGCGACACGGUUGUAAGACUACAUAUAACUUUAAGAAAUAAUUUUCAUAUCUUUAUUGCAAAAAAGACUCUUUUGUGCAGGUUUAAAAGUUUGUUAUAACAAUCCAGAGUAAAAUAUAUAGUACCUCAUGUUUUUUUUGCAUUAAACAGUUAUAGCCACGACCAAAUUACGACAAUCCAUGGCAAUCCAACAAUUUUCAUAAUUAUUGAUUCGAUUCCGGUAGAUUUGAUUGAUAGUUUCUGCGUGAUUUUCUGCUUUUAUUAUAGCUAUCUCUGCGGAUUUCGUAGCAAGGCACGUUGAUUACGUGAAGGUGUAUUAUUUUAUGUUGCCUAUAUCUAACCUUCUUCACGUCCAACGAAAAAUAUUCUUUUUGAUCAAUGACAGAUGCUACAAUAAAAAAGAAUAAUAAUAAAACGAUUUCAUCUUAUGCACUACCUCAGAGGAAUAAUAUGUACAACAUUUUUAAGGAACAUAUGUGUACCCUACAUUUUUUUAUUUCAGUGUUUACAAAACACCACGUUGCUUGUGUAAUCAUUGAUAAUUAUGUGGUUUAGAGAGAGAGAGAAUUAUAUUCUUUCGCAUCCAAACGAAUAACAUGACUCAAAAAGUUAUGUACAAUAUUGAAUAGUUCCACGUUUUUUUGUUUUCUUUGAAUUAUUCCAAGGUAUAUUAUGAUGGAUUAGUCCCAUCACUGUAAUCAGUAUCAGUAAAGUGCAAGAUUUUGUUGUUCUUGGAUUAUUAUUUUGUAUUUUGCAAAGUAAAAGUAUCAACAUGUUUAAAGAUUCCACAAAUGUUAGUAAUAUUUGUAUAUAAUCCUAUUAUUCGAAAAUAACCUUCCGUCGCGCCUUUCUAUUAACGGCAUCGACCUAUGCGUGAUUUCAUUGAUUGUCGCCAGAUCGGGGCCACUUUUCACCUCCAACGCACCACUGACCAAUACCGCUAGCCAAACUUGAUUAUGUCUUAUUGUUCUGUCAGGAUCGUGUGACUUGAAUUCAUUAUCUGUGCGCUAGAAAUCGUGUAUAGAAACCUGAAGCACUUCGACUACUGCAUACACGCUUGCCGAAUAGCGAAAUAUUAACAUCACAGUUACGUACCACUAAUACCAUCACGCUUCCCAAAACAACUCACCCACGGCUGGAAAUAUAUCCGUUCGUUGAAUAUAACGUUUGGCAUAUACCAAUGGCUUCGUAUCUGGCGCAGCAGCCUUUAUGGGAGCCUCCGCAUUACCAGUAUGUCUUCCGCAACUGAGUACGUGUCGUCUCAAAUUUUGGCCCUUCGUGUACGUGCUUUGAGUGAACAAAUUCCUCCCAGAAGCUCCAAAUCAUUAUACUUUUGCUUCGAGAAUACCCCCUGGAAGCGAGUUUUUCUGUUAUAACACUGAUUUUGAAUCGAUAUUGUGUAUUUUAUUUUCAACUAACAAGAAAAUUAUUUUUACAUUGUGGAAUUCUGUUUCUAAAUUAUUACAACAAGAAGUUAGUAUUUAUAUUUAGCAAUUGAAGUGUUUUUCUCUUUUGUGUACAUUGUGUUUUCGUAACCGAUCCUGCUGACUUUGUACAAACUGCCUUAGACUUAAGCCCAAUACUUAUGUUGAACACCCUAUGUAAAAGUUGGAGACAGGUUUAGAUGGCGCACAGCCACUUUUUGAAAUUGGCAAAAAUGUUGCCUAGGUUGGCGCUUAAGAUGUUCCAAAAAUAUUUGACUCUGUACAACUGUUGUUUUUCCAUGGUCGAAAGGUAACGAUUGAGCAUCCUAACAUUGUGCAGCUUCCUUGUGAAACUUUUUAUGUUGAGGACAAAUAUAUUAUUAAUUACAAAUGACGGUAACGCCGACAAAAAGUGUUUCUCCCAAGAUUCGACCAUGUUUUCAUCUGUUUGAGUACAUCAUGCACGAUAUCUUGCUGCAACCCGUAUGACAAUGCCAUCACGGUGGAAGCGCUCGUAAAAAGAUCAUGAAUGAAACAUGCUAUGUAACUCAUAAAAGCAUUAUUCUUCCAUCAGAGACAAUCGUUUUAUCAUUUGACUUGAUGUUGUAUUGUUUUUGUUAGUGAUGUCACCGCACAAACCUAAUGCGGAAAGUACAGACAAGAAGAUCUGAAAGAAAGGUGUUCUAGUUUAUCAGCGGUCAUUAGCUCUGCAUGUUGAAUAGUUAAAUGUCAUACUCUUACUCAAGACUAAAUACAAAAAAGAUACACAAUCAAAACGAGUCCAAAAAGU